AUGAAAUUAAUAAUCUUGAUUCUUAUAUUCACUAGUGUUAUGGGUGCAAUAUUCGAAUAAGGAUAUGUGUCAUCAAGCACAAUUCCAGCCCAUAAAAUAUACCGACAAGUAUUUGAAUAUUGAUUAAGCAAGGAUAUAAAAUUUAAUAAUAAUUUUACAGAAAUUCCAAAAAUCGUUUUGAGUGUGAUUGGUUACCACUCUAACUACAAUACUUUAGACUUCUUUUCAAGAGUAACUGACAUUACAAAUGAGGGUAUUAUACUUUGAUUAUGAAUAAAGGUUUUUAAUUGUAAGUUAUAAGCGAUUGUGAAAUUAAUGAAAUCAGAUUUAAUUAUUUAGCAACAGAACAUAAAGAUGUUUAAACUGUAUGCAAUAAUAUUGAAGUUUAAAAAGAUUAAAUAGAUAUUAAAUUUAUUGCCGCAUUUGAAGAAUAACCAUAAGUAGCAGCCUUUUUAACAGGAAUUCACAGAAAAAAUUAAGAUGAUAUAAUUUUAGAGAUAAAAUCAAUAGAUAAACAUCAAGUUCAACUAACUACCCAAUCCAAAGCAGAAAGUUCUAUUGGUUUAUGUUUACUAAUAGGACCUUAGGAUGUAUUUAAUAGAAAAGAAUUACCAAUUAUGUAAAUAUCUCAAGGAUUACCAAAUACUUGUUUUUAUGGAAUAACAUCGUUAUCUGGAAUAACAGAUAAAGGUGUAUAAUUGAGUUUAAAUUAAUAAUAUGUUGAAAACUCAUAUGAAAUAGGAUUAACACUGAUAGAAAUCAAUCCAAAACAUAUUAGCAAAUAAGAAGAGGUUAAUGAUAAUAAUACAUUAUCAUUUGAUGAUUUAGUAGAUAAGUUUAGUCCAGUUUAACAAUAAAUAAAUACUGAUAUUUUUGAGACUGGAACCAAAACAAAAAUAAAUAGUAUAUAAAUAACUUAGGAAGAAUUAGAUUCAGAAUCUCAGAUAAACUCUAUAUCUUUCAUCUAUCCAGAAUAAUAAGAUCACUAAUUGUAUAUUGAAGAUGAAGAAUAGAAUCUUUAAUCAAAUCAAGAAGAUGUCGAAUAAAUUAUGACAAUUAGUGAAUCAUGGUUGUAACAUGACUUAUCAGUAGUAGAUUAAUCUAUAAACUAAUCAUAAGAAUCUCUUGAUAGCAAUUAAGCUUAAAUCAAUGAAGGAUAACAAUUUUUAACAAAUUUAAUUAAACCUCAAGAUUAUAACACAAAUUCAAUAGAAUAUGAAGAUUAUUAAUCACUUAAUCGUUAACCUGAGAAUAUUGUUAUUGUUGAUAGUACUUAAUAAAUUGUUGAUGAAAACGAUAAUAAAAUAGAAAAUAAUUAAGAUUUUGAAUUUGAUAACUCUAAUUAAAUGGAUUCCUCAAUUAAAUAUGAUAUUGAAAAUGAGAUAGAAAAUUAAAUUGAGGAAUAAAUAGAUUCCUCAUAAUAAUAAACUGUUGUUGAAGAUUUACAAGAAUAGAUUGUUGAAAUGCAAAAGGAAAUGUAAAAUUUGUAAUAAAAUUCUGAAAGUAAUUUAUCAUCUGAAUUUGAUCCAUUUAAAAUAAUUGAAUAACAAUAAUUUAUUGUUGAAUAAUAAAAAUAAUUGGUUGAAUAAUAAAAAUAAAUCAUAUUAUAAUAUUAAAGAUUAUUUGAAGAAUAAAUUAAAUAAUUAUCUGAUAAAUAACCAAAUAGCUAAAUUAAUGUAUAAUAAGUAGAUUAAGAAUUAAAAGGAGAUACUGAAUUAUAAGAAAAUACAAAUGAAGUUACAAAAUAAGAUUCAUUAGAAAAUACAGCAAUCCAAAAAGAACACCUUCAAAAAAAAUUAGAAACAGAUUAAGAAUAAUAAAAUUAUGAAGAUUCUUAAACUGAAGAAAAAUUAUAAUAAAACACUUAAGAUUAAAAGUAUGUUUUGUAAGAUAUUCCAAAUUUAAGUUUAGAAUACAAGAAUGACUUAGAAAAAGAUUUAGAAUCAUUUGACAGGCUCAAAUAAAAAAAAGACUAAAUAGAGGAAUAACAAGCAACUAAAAUUUUAAAAGAAAUAACUAAAGAUCUAUAAUUUGAUGAUAAAUUGGAAGAUACAAUAAAUUAAUUUGAAGAUGGUCUUAAUGAAGUAUUAUAAAUUAAAUAACGCAAUGUUAUAGAAUCAAAUUUAAAUAAUGAAAUUACAAACAUCACUUCAAAUAAGAGAGUUGAAUUUAGCAAUGUCUUAAAUAAAAUUUCAAGUAAUCACAUUUUUUUAUUUUUAGACCAAAACCUUUAAGAUGUGAGUAAUUAAGUUGAAAACAUAAGUUUAGAAGAAAUUAGUGAAGCAAUAUUCCCAUAAGAAUACGAAAUGGAAUAAGCAUACAUUGAUUGGUCAAUGAAUUAAGGCUUCAUAAAAAAUAGAAAUGAUUAAACAAUCAAUUAAGAACUUGUUUAAUAAACUAUUAUGCAAAACUAAUAAAGCUAAGAAGAAUUAUAAAAAUAAAUUGAAGAAUUCUUAGAAUUAGAUAAUAAUGAUUCACAUUUCAGUGAUCCACUUUUUGAUGAUUUUCAUUCAUUCUUUUCUGUGAAUUAAUAAGUUAAAAACAAUUUAAGGAAGAGAAAAGUAUUAAAUGUUUGA